GUCAACGCGGGGGUGCUUUCGUCGCCUAGCCUCGCGUCGGCCCAGCCUGGCCAGGCCAGCGGGCAGAUGCCCCGAGCUGCCGCGGCCACUGCUGCCGACUCGGCUGGUCGCAGUGUAGGAGGCGGGCGACCAGCCCGGGGCCGCUGAGUGUGACGGACGGGGCCAGGGGCCGCCGGGCGCCCAGGCGACGGUGGCUCCGUGCGGACCAUGUAUUUCCUGAGUGGCUGGCCCAAGAGGCUGCUCUGCCCUGUUGGGAGUCCCGCCGAGGCGCCUUUCCACGUUCAGUCCGACCCGCAGAGGGCUUUCUUCGCUUUGCUGGCCCCGGCCCGCCUCAGCAUCUGGUACAGCCGACCUAGUGUAUUAAUUGUAACCUACAAGGAGCCUGCGAAAUCAUCCACUCAGUUUGGAUCCUACAAGCAAGCUGAAUGGAGGCCAGAUAGUACAAUGAUAGCCGUGUCAACGGCAAAUGGCUACAUCUUGUUUUUUCAUAUUACAUCUCCAAGAGGGGACAAGUACCUUUAUGAACCAGUAUAUCCCAAAGGAAGUCCACAAAUGAAGGGGACACCUCAUUUUAAGGAAGAACAGUGUGCUCCAGCUUUAAAUUUAGAGAUGAGGAAAAUACUGGAUUUGCAAGCACCCAUUAUGAGUUUGCAAUCUGUGCUGGAAGAUCUCCUCGUUGCCACUUCUGAUGGACUUCUUCAUCUUAUUCACUGGGAAGGAAUGACAAAUGGAAGGAAAGCUAUUAAUCUUUGCACAGUACCAUUUUCAGUAGACCUGCAGUCAUCCAGAGUAGGUUCAUUCCUGGGCUUUACAGAUGUACACAUCAGAGACAUGGAAUACUGUGCCACACUUGAUGGGUUCGCUGUUGUGUUUAAUGAUGGUAAAGUUGGAUUUAUUACACCAGUGUCAAGUAGAUUUACUGCAGAGCAGCUUCAUGGGGUUUGGCCACAAGAUGUUGUUGAUGGAACAUGUGUAGCAGUAAAUAACAAGUAUCGACUAAUGGCAUUUGGUUGUGCAAGUGGUUCUGUGCAGGUUUAUACAAUAGAUAACACCACGGGAGCCAUGCUGCUGUCUCAUAAACUAGAGCUAACAGCAAAGCAAUAUCCUGAUAUUUGGAACAAAACAGGAGCUGUCAAGUUGAUCAGAUGGUCUCCAGACAAUAGUGUUGUGAUAGUGACCUGGGAAUGUGGAGGCCUUUCUCUGUGGAGCGUGUUCGGAGCACAGCUGCUUUGUACACUGGGAGGAGAUUUUGCUUAUAGGUCUGAUGGUACCAAAAAAGAUCCCCUUAAGAUCAGCUCUAUGAGCUGGGGUGCAGAAGGCUAUCAUCUAUGGGUAAUCAGCGGAUUUGGUUCUCAAAACCCUGAAAUUGAGUCUGACCUUAGGAGUAUAGUUAAACAGCCCAGCAUUCUGCUUUUUCAGUUUAUCAAGAGUGUACUCACUGUAAACCCUUGUAUGAGUAACCAAGAACAUGUGUUGCUUCAAGGGGAGGAUCGCUUAUAUUUGAACUGUGGAGAGGCUUCACAAACUCAGAAUCCCAGGAGUUCUUCAACACACUCAGAGCAUAAGCCCAGUCGAGAAAAGAGCCCAUUUGCAGAUGGGGGGUUAGAGUCUCAGGGGUUAAGCACUUUACUUGGACAUCGGCAUUGGCAUGUUGUGCAGAUUUCCAGCACCUAUCUAGAGAGCAAUUGGCCUAUACGGUUUUCAGCUAUUGAUAAGCUUGGACAAAAUAUUGCUGUGGUUGGCAAGUUUGGUUUUGCACAUUAUUCAUUACUCACCAAAAAAUGGAAACUUUUUGGAAACAUCACCCAGGAGCAAAAUAUGAUUGUGACAGGUGGCUUAGCCUGGUGGAAUGAUUUUAUGGUUCUUGCGUGUUAUAAUAUAAAUGAUCGUCAAGAAGAGCUCAGAGUAUACUUGCGAACAUCAAAUCUAGACAAUGCUUUUGCUCACGUCACCAAAGCACAAGCAGAAACAUUACUGCUUAGUGUCUUCCGGGACAUGGUAAUAGUAUUUAGAGCAGAUUGUUCAAUAUGCCUUUACAGUAUUGAAAGAAAAUCUGAUGGUCCAAACACUACUGCUGGUAUUCAAGUUCUUCAGGAGGUCUCCAUGUCACGUUACAUUCCUCACCCUUUCCUGGUAGUAUCUAUCACUCUGACAUCAGUGAGCACAGAGAAUGGAAUUACCCUGAAAAUGCCACAGCAGGCUCGUGAUGCAGAGAGCAUUAUGCUAAACCUUGCAGGACAGCUCAUCAUGAUGCAGAGGGAUAGGUCGGGCCCUCAGAUCAGGGAGAAGGACAGUAACCCUAACCAAAGGAAACUUCUGCCAUUCUGUCCUCCCGUUGUACUCGCUCAGUCUGUUGAAAAUGUCUGGACUACAGGUCGAGCAAGUAAACAAAAACGUCACCUUCUAGAGGCUCUCUGGCUGAGCUGUGGUGGUGCAGGGAUGAAAGUUUGGCUCCCUCUCUUCCCUAGGGAUCACCGCAAGCCCCAUUCCUUCUUGUCCCAGCGGAUCAUGCUGCCUUUCCACAUCAAUAUUUACCCUCUGGCUGUUCUAUUUGAAGACGCAUUAGUCCUCGGUGCUGUCAAUGACACUUUACUUUAUGAUUCUUUGUAUACUCGGAACAAUACUAGGGAACAGCUGGAGGUGCUCUUCCCUUUCUGUGUUGUGGAGAGAACUUCUCAGAUCUACCUGCACCAUAUUUUACGUCAGCUUCUAGUCAGAAACCUUGGGGAGCAAGCCUUGCUCUUGGCCCAGUCCUGCGCAGCGUUACCUUACUUCCCCCACGUGCUGGAGCUUAUGCUCCAUGAAGUCCUAGAAGAAGAAGCUACCUCACGGGAGCCCAUUCCCGACCCUCUCCUUCCCACUGUGGCAAAAUUUAUUACGGAGUUCCCCCUUUUCCUGCAGACAGUUGUCCAUUGUGCCAGAAAGACUGAGUAUGCCCUGUGGAAUUACCUUUUUGCAGCUGUUGGAAACCCCAAGGACUUGUUUGAGGAAUGUUUGAUGGCUCAGGAUUUGGACACAGCUGCCUCUUACCUUAUUAUCUUACAGAAUAUGGAAGUCCCAGCAGUAAGUAGGCAACAUGCCACCCUUCUGUUCAACACAGCACUAGAACAAGGCAAAUGGGACCUGUGUCGACACAUGAUUCGAUUUCUUAAAGCCAUUGGCUCUGGAGAAUCUGAAACACCUCCAUCCACACCCACAGCUCAGGAACCCAGUUCAAGUGGUGGAUUUGAGUUCUUCAGAAAUCGAAGCAUCAGUUUAUCCCAGUCAGCUGAAAAUGUUCCUUCUAGUAAAUUCAGCUUACAGAAAACAUUAAGUAUGCCAUCUGGUCCUUCUGGAAAAAGGUGGAGUAAAGACAGUGACUGUGCUGAGAACAUGUACAUUGACAUGAUGCUCUGGAGACAUGCUCGGCGCCUCUUAGAAGAUGUGCGCUUAAAAGACCUUGGCUGCUUUGCAGCCCAACUGGGCUUUGAGCUAAUCACUUGGCUGUGCAAGGAACGUACCCGAGCCGCCCGGGUAGACAACUUUGUAAUAGCCUUGAAGAGACUCCACAAAGAUUUCCUGUGGCCACUUCCUAUCCUCCCAGCCUCUUCUAUCAGUUCUCCUUUCAAAAAUGGAAAAUACCGAACAGUGGGAGAGCACCUAUUAAAGUCUCAAUCAGCUGAUCCUUUUUUAAACCUUGAGAUGGAUCCUGGCAUCUCCAAUAUCCAGCGAAGUCAGAGCUGGCUUAGCAACAUUGGCCCCACCCAUCAUGAGAUAGAUACAGCCUCAUCCCAUGGAACACAAAUGCAGGAUGCCUUCUUGUCACCUUUAUCUAAUAAAGGUGAUGAAUGCAGUAUUGGUUCAGCCACAGAUUUAACUGAAAGUAGCUCCAUGGUGGAUGGAGACUGGACAAUGGUAGAUGAAAAUUUCUCCACCCUCAGUUUAACUCAAUCAGAGCUAGAGCAUAUCUCCAUGGAAUUGGCGAGUAAAGGGCCUCAUAAAUCCCAGGUCCAGCUGCGGUAUUUGCUACACGUUUUCAUGGAGGCAGGAUGCCUGGACUGGUGCAUUGUUAUCGGCCUGAUUCUUAGAGAAUCCUCAAUAAUCAAUCAGAUUUUGGUUAUUAUACAAUCUUCAGAAGUAGAUGGAGAGAUGUUACAGAAUAUAAAGACAGGACUACAUGCGGUAGACCGAUGGGCUUCUACAGAUUGCCCUGGAUAUAAGCCAUUUUUAAAUAUCAUUAAGCCACAACUACAGAAGCUCAAUGAAGUAACAGAAGAGCAGGUCCAGCCCGACACCUUCCAGCCAGUAACUAUGGGUAAGACUCCCGAACAGUCUAACCCCCGGACAGAGGAGAACAGAAGCUCCUCUGGCCCUGGAGGUAUUUCCCAGUGUGAGGUCGGGGUUAGCAGUAUGGUCAGCCGGAAAGAAGAGGACACAGCCCAAGCAGAGGAGGAGGAACCUUUUCAGGAUGGGACUUACGACUGUUCUGUGUCCUAAAAACAGUGACAUACCAUCACAAUGGACAGUAUUAAUUAGCAGCAGGGUGCAACAAAGUACACUGGGACUUAGUUGGAUAAUUUAAUGGGGAGAGAACUCAGCUCAGAGUCUCUUUGGUCAAGUAUUACUAGAUUUUAACUAAUUCUUUCUCCUCUAAGAAAUUUCUUUGACUCCAUAAAAAUGUGAUAUUGAAUAAAGCAAACUUUUAUAAAAAAUAUUUUUAAGCUGCAGUGGAAAGUAAUAAAGAAUAUUAUACAGAUGUACAUGAGAAUAUUUUGGUUUUAUUCAAAGAUUGGUAGCUCUUAAACCAUAGGGACUGUUUUGCCCCAGAUGAGCUUACUUUUUCACUACUUAUAGCCUCUUAAUGUUUUCUGCUUCAUUGUAUGUCCAGAAAGCUUUUUAAAAAAUAAAUGCUAAGGUGCUUGCUAUAGCUCAUCAGGUACUUGAACUACCUGUUUGCUCUCUUGAAUAGAGCUCACUGGACUCCCCAGUUGGUCCUCCUAAUAGACAUACAAGGUGCCAAUGUUAGGGAGACAGUCUCCUUGGCUCUCCUGUCCUAUUAAAUCCCAGUCCUGAAUGGAUAGAAGCUAUUUACCUGUGAGUUAACGUGCCUGUUUUAGCAAGCCUGAUUCCUAGUAGAUCAAUGUGGGCAGAUGUCUGAGGGGUUCUCAUCAAUUAUGCUGUUAGAUACCACUAAACUAUUUUGUAUCAAAGAACUGUAUCUUUUUUGAAUGCUCUUGUGUAAAUAUACUUAAAGGCACUGUUCAUAUUUUUAGGGGUCAUAUUAUAAUUUGUAAGGUUUUAUGCUGGAUUCUGAAUGACUAUAUAUGUAUAUAUACAGGACUUGCUGUUCUUUCCAAAAUGAGGAGUCUUCAUAAGGAAGACAGGUUUGUUGGCAUGGUCAUAAAGUAACAGAAAUGAUCACACUGAUCAUGAAGGAAGUGGAAUAGGUUUUGUGCAAAUUAAUGUAGUUUCUUAUUUAUUGCUUUUGUAAAUUGAAUAAAAAUGGACAUUUAUGUGAAUAGACUGCUGAAUCCUGUAUUAUCAAGGCUACUAAAAAUGAGUGUAUAAAGAAUGCAUUCUUCAUUGUAAACUUACGAAAUAUUUUAUGUAUUUCUAGAUAGGACUUAAUUGUAGUUUUCAUACAUUGAAAAUAGAACUGCAUACUCCUUAAUUGCUUUGGACACAUAUCCACUGUAAGUAAUUCUAAUUACCUUAUAACAGUAUUAAUUUAGAUAGCUUGUUUGUACUGUGCAAUUCGAACAAGGAAUGCAAUGUUAUUUUUUACAAAACAAACUUGUUUAUUUUUAUAAUGGUGUAUUUGAUGUGGACCAAAUUUGUACCACUAUGUAAAAUAGCCUCUCAUAGUGCAAUUAUACUUUGGAAACAAAACUUGGUCCUCUAUCCUUGCUUUUUAAAGUAAAUGGCUAGAUUUAGUUGUUUCAGCCAGGUUUCCUUUGAAGGGAAACCCAAAACCAUUUGAAAUUGCUUAGUUCAAAAUUCAUCAAACUAUCUAAAAUUAUUGAGUUGGGUAAUUGACUAUCAUUUACUUUUUACAAGUGCAAUAAUUUGACAUAAAACUCCUAAAUGGGUGGAGUAUGUGAUUAUUGGUACCUAGUCCUUCUGGUGCUAUUUUUAUUUAAGUCUUUUGUUUUAAACCACCUAUCCCAGAAUCUUAAGAUAAUGUUUUGCAUGUGAGUACAUGCAGCCGCACAAGAAACUAAACUGAACUUUCUUCUCCUUUCCUAGUCUGUUAGGGGGAAGAACCAGCAUUAUUACUUUGAUGUUUGGUGUGAAUAUUCAAUCAAUAAAAAUGAUGUACCAUUAUAAACAGCUGUGAUCUUUCUGAAUAUCCUAAAUAAAACUAUGCUGAUGAGUUCAUCUCACAUUCCUGAAAGCAGGGUACCAGUAAGUUAACAUGGCUCAGACCAUGAAUGGAUCUCUUCUUCCAUAAAGUACUCAUUUUUCAACUCAUAGAAACAGAAGGCCCCAAGGCAAAAAAUUUGGCAAGUUUACGGAAAAUAUCUCUUUGGUAAUAUAUUUUUAUUUUAUAUAUACUUUAAUUUUUUAAAACUUUCUUUUUAUUUUGCAGUGUUGUUUGGUUCACAUAUCAACUAUUUAAGCCAUAACUUUAACCGAUGAAAUGUAAAUAUUGAGUAUGACUCUUUGAAGUGUAGUAGAUACAUUUAAAUUAUUUGCUGAUACCAAAACUAGAAGUCAUUGAAGGUGGGUGGCAAUCAACCUUUGCUUGUAAUUAAAGUUGUGCUACUUCUAAAAUGUGUAUUUUUUUUUUAAUUUAGUAAAGGGCAAUAAAACCAUUACACAAA